CUAAAACCCAUUUGUAUUCGGAGACCACCUACAUGAGCUGAGCAUUAGCCAUUGGGUCAGAAUGAGAAUUGCAAAGAGGCGCUUCAAUUAUGAAGGCAAACUGUAGGACCCCUUAUAUUACAGGCUGUAUUGUCCACAAUUACCAAAUGUUACAAAAAAGUCUUUCAAGUGGCCCUCACCUUUUGUUUUUCUUUUCCUUUUUCUGCUUCUUCUCUUUUUGGUGUGCUGUUGAAACAGCUGCUAUUCAUCAGAUCCAUUACGGCAACUCACCAUCUCUUCUCUUUUCAGCUCGUCACUUGUCUUCCAACUCAUCCUUUUUCUGUCAUCCCCUCAAGCAAUGGAUUGUGUGAGCCCAAUCCUGGACGUCGCCACCCGCUUGUGGGAUUGCAGCGCCAACAGUGCACUUUAUAUUCGUGAGCUUCAAGAAAAUCUCAAGUCUUUGAAGAGCUUAACGGAGGAACUGAGCAACUUAAGUAAGGAUGUGAUGGGAAGAGUUGAGCGUGAGGAGGAACAACAGAGUAGACGUACGCAUGACGUGGACGGUUGGCUCCGCGCUGUACAGGUCAUGGAAAUAGAAGUGGAAGAAAUAUUGCAAAAUGGGGAUCAAGAAAUCCAAAAGAAAUGUCUCGGAACCUGUCCCAAGAAUUGUUGGUCAAGCUACAAGCUGGGGAAGAUUGUGACUAAAAAGAUCAAUGCUGUGACUGAAUUAAAGGCUAAAGGGAAUUUUGAUGUUGUGGCUGAGAGGUUGCCUUCUGCACCGGUGGAUGAGAGGCCGAUUGGGAAGACUGUGGGCUUAGACUUGAUGUUUGAGAAGGUUCGGAGAUGCCUUGAAGAUGAGCAAGUAAGAAGUAUUGAAUUGUAUGGAAUUGGGGGUGUUGGAAAAACCACCCUCUUGCAAAAAAUCAAUAAUGAGUUUUUUCGUAAAAGAAACGAUUUUGAUGUAGUGAUAUGGGUAGUGGUGUCGAAACACAUCAAUAUAGAAAAAAUUCAAGGAGUGAUUCUGAAUAAAUUACCGACCGGAGAUGACAAAUGGAAGAGUCGCAGCAAGGAGGAGAAGGCUGCAGAAAUAUUCAAGUUGUUGAAGGCCAGAAACUUUGCGAUAUUGCUUGAUGAUAAGUGGGAGCGACUCAAUCUCUUUGAGGUGGGGAUCCCUGAUUUGAAUGAUCCGACUAAGUCCAAAGCAGUACUCACUACCCGAUCUGAACAAGUAUGCAAUGAAAUGGAAGUUCAUAAGAGGAUAAGGGUAGAGUGUUUGACCCCGGAUGAAGCAUUUUCUCUGUUUUGUAACAAGGUUGGUGAGAAUGUCCUGAAUUCACAUCCGGAUAUAAAAAGACUUGCUAAUAUUGUUGUUGAAGAAUGCAAAGGAUUGCCACUUGCCCUCAUCAUCAUCAGGCGAUCAAUGAGUAAUAGAACAAAAUUCUAA